GAAACAGGAAGCUCGUCUCGCGGAUGAUCGAACUGCGACAAGUCGUCCUGCUUAAAACUUCUGUUGUUCGGCGGAAAGAAAAUGAAAGCGGAGAAUGUGGGUAGCAGCUAAUCCGGUGAUUGUUUGUGGAGUUUAUCAGCUGGAUUUACCAGUGCUGACAAGUAUACCAGGAUCCACCUGCAGAGUGUGACCUAGAUGUGAGGAGAAUGUGGAACCCCACACAUGUUCAGUUUACAGUACUCAGAGCUCGGAAUCUAAUAUCUAAAGGAAAGGCUGGAAACAAUGAUGUUUUCGUUACGAUCCAAGUUGGGAAGCAGAAAUUUCAAACCUCAACCAUCAAGAACGCCCACAACCCCGAAUGGUUUGAAGAGUGUGAUCUGGAGAUCCCCAGUCUGCAGGAUGAUCUUGAGGUGACGGUGUACCACAGGAGUAUCCUACAGGAUGACUUCCUUGGCUACUGCUCCAUCCCUCUGUCAGACUACAAGGUGUAUGACAGACCCAAAAGCCAAUGGGCAUCUUUGGGAUCUCGUCCAAAGAAACCGGACAACAAAUAUCGUGGAGAGCUUGAGUUUAGGCUGACAUUUCAUGUGAAGAGUUUGCCUAAUGGAGACAGUCUGCGUAGAAAGAGACCAUCUUCGUUCAGAACUGUGGCCUCAGCUGUUGGUGAUAAAUUAAAGUUAAUAAGAAGCUCGUCAUUUCGAGAUAAACCCAUGAUGUCUUCAAAUGGAGGAAGAACGGAUUCAGUCCUGCACCGGACUUCCAGUGGCCACGUGGAUAAAAAUGGGCCCAUUGGUGGACCUUCAGAUCUAAACGAGGAGAAAAACAACAGUACGUUAAUGUUGGAUCGAUCGCCGAGGCAGAGAGAGUUUCCAGCUUAUGAUGAGACGCGGGAUGAUAAUGAGUCUGGGGAGAUGAGAUUGCGGAGGACUAUGAGCACCCCUGUUUAUAAAGUGGGCAUGGCCCGACCCAGAAUACAGAUGGGCAGUGCUAAUAUUAAGCCCGAGGCCUUAGAGGCUCGACUCAGAUCUGUUACCCUGGCUGGCAUAAGAGAAGAAGCUGCAGAAAAAGACAAUCGCACUGAAUCUGUUUCUACUAGCAUCUUAAGCACAUCUGUUCCUGUGGGGACAAACUUUCUAGCAGACCCAACCCCUUCCCCAGUCCGUCCUCAGCAGCCGACUUAUGCAUCUAUAGUCAAACAAAACGGUUGUCAGACUGCCAACAAAAAUGGGAAUGUCCAGAGCGCAGAGGACGUCUCUGGAGGGUUUGAGGAUUACCUGAAGAAGCGGACGCGCAAGGCGAGGAGUGUACAAGGUUACUCGCCAGAACCUAAUUCUGGCUCGGACUCUGACGAGGCUGGGAGUUCCUCACGGUCAGGGAUUCACAGGGAAGGGUCGGAGACCUCCUUGCCCACUGUGGUGCGGCGCAGACAGAAGGGGGACAGGAUGCACAUGAUGAGAAACCCUGACAUGCUAGGCAGACGGUAUACAGUGCAAGGUAUGGAGUUUAGAGCCCGGCCAUCUAUGUAUAUGUAUGAGGAGAUGUUUUCAACAUCCAGCAGAGCCGAGUUCCGGCGCUCUUAUCACUCGGCCCACAGUACAGACUCCACAGACUUGGUCACUGUCUACAGGGGCAUGAACAAGGAGGAGUUGAUUAAGCUGGUGACAACAUACAAGGCUCAGUUGAUCAGGAAGGACCAGUAUAUAAAAGACCUGGAGGUGUACAUAGAUGACUUACUGGUGCGAGUGAUGGAAAAUACGCCCCGCAUACUGAACAAACCGCCAAACCAAUGCUACCCAUGAGAUGGAAAACUGAGCAUGUGAGAUGAAUAAUGUGAACACCUGUGGCCCUCUAUGGCUACAUGUAGCUGUGCCGAAAGCUGUGUGACCAGGGGUGAAACAUCACUGUUGUGCUCAUGUAAAAAGGCAAUGUACAGCAUGUGAGAUUUACCCUGUGCUCGUCAGGCAGUUGGAUAUUCGAUUUCAAGAAGAACUGGAGAUGUUGAUGUAUGUACUGACAGCACAGGAUUAUACUGCACUACUACAUUUACUGUGCAGCACGUGGUCAUGUUGAUCAUGCUGUCGCAUCUGGGUCCAAAGUACAACUGAACUGAUUGGAUGUGUAGAUGAUCUUCUUUGGUUUAUCAUCCAAAUUUACAUGUGAUAUUAUAUGUGGCAUAUUUUAUCACUUCGUUUUUGACCGACUUUUACUGUAAGAAGUUGCUCCAUAUGAGGCUUAUCUCCUUGUUAUUGUAUAGGUAAAGUGCCUUAUGGAAUGAUUCGUUCGUAGAAUGUCCCCAAAAUCUCCCAAUGAUGGGCGAAUAAAUCAAUGAAUCAACAUGUAUACCAAUGGGCUUAUGCUCAGAACAGUUAGGCUAAAAUGUUUUCAUUGAUACUUGUGGUAGUGUAAGCGGGCAAUUUAUGCUGUACAAAAGUAAAUGAAUGUCAAAGAAUUUCAUUGGUAAUACCUGGAUUGUGAAAUAUGGUAUCUAACUGUAUAACAUGUCAUGAUUUGUGUAUGGUGCACAAAUUCAGAACAUCAUUCAUGUCAAAGUUGCCUAGUUCAAGGGGGAUAACUGUGAUUGGGGUGUUUGAUUAUAUAUGGCAGGAGAAUAACAUAAAGCUCUACUUGAUUUCCUUGUCAGCACUCUGUUGUAUUCCUUGGAUGUCUUACCUUCAAGAUUUAGUUGUGAUGUUAUAUGAUAAAAGAUCAAUUAUAGCAACAGCUACAGUAUAAUUAGCUGUUUACCCCUUCUUUGUCACAGAAAAGAGAACAAAACUGGACUUUUUCUUCACUGAUACAUGGGAUCGAGUCUACUUUGGAAAUGUUUGAGGUAUUAAUAGGUAUGGAAUGGUUGCCUAGUAUGUUACAUGUAAAGUGUACAUUCAGACAGUUGGUAGGGCAAUGGUGCUAUGCAUGUCACACAGCAUGAAAGAUACAUCUCAAAUUCAACAGCAUGUACAGGACUCGGGUAUGAAAGUGUUGUUAUUUGGUACAGAGGUACCAUGGUGAUUAUUGUUUAUGGGACCCAAAAAUUUUGUAAUGGCAUAGGAUUUUGUCUUUCUUAUGAUGUUGACUGUUUCUGAUCUGAACUUAUCGAGGCUGAACAGGUUUUGUAAUGUUUUUGUCUUAAACCUCGAUAUUGUCUGCCAUGUUCUGGGCACAUGUACAUAUAUUACUGUCAAAAUAACUAGCACUUGUGACAGAAGAUUUGAUAGCAUGUACUUCAUGUCCUUGUUAAUGUUCGAUGUGAGUGAUUUUUAUGCCUUAAUGAUGAAUCUCCACAAGAUAUCCUCUCAGGAUUUUAUUGUAUCCCACAGAAUUACAAAAAAAAAAAAUUUUUUUUACUCUUGUGACAUUUUUUAUGACCUGUGUGGAAGUCCUAUAUCUAUUUUGGUAGUCAGCAAUUUUGAAUGAUGUCUAAUUUUUUUUUCCAGUGAUAAAAUUUUUCUUGAACUUACGAUGAACAUGGGCAGUCUGUGUACAUGAAGUAAAUCAUGAUAUGAUUAUGUUGGGAUCAAAUUUGUCAUGUGGAAGAGCAUUAGAAUAUAUAAUGUUAGGCCUAUAUUGAAUGUUUUUAUCACAUUAAAGGAACAGUCUUUUUUAUGGUACAGGUUGCUUUAGAUGAUGUAGGAUCUUAAGUACUUUGUAUUAUUUACAAGUAAUUUUUAUUAUAUGUACAUUGUAAGAUUGAGUGACCAAAACAAUCGGUACACACCAAAAGAUACAUGCACAAGUUUAUAUUUUGUGUGUAUUCAUGAGUUGGUUCAUGAGAACAUUUGUAAAGAUAUGUGCAUGUCAUGUUUUUCAGUUUUGCAGCAUAUUAUCAGGAUAUCUGGAAAUUUAUAACAAAAUGGUAAAUUGAAACUGUCCACCUUUAUGCAUAUCUAAAAACAUCCAAUACAUAUCUUCAUUUUUUUUUGUUUUUUUUUGGUUCUGCUUUUGUAUGGGCAUGAGAACAGUUUUGCAUGGAGUUGUCUUAUCUUGGCAUUCGGUUAUGAGGAAUAGUGUUACGUGAGCCUGUUUUUACAACCUCCUGGAUAACAGGAUUUGCCAGUUAUUGGCUGUAUCUGCAGUUUUUACGAGUUACCAUCAUGAAGCCAGGGAUAUUAUCUGCAGAUGUAUGGUAGCUGCUGAUCAAAUGACUGUAACAAGCCUGACUUGAUUUGAACUGUUCUAUGCUUUAACCUAGACCACCCACCUGAGAUCAGAAAGCCUGGUGUAAUAUCAGGACUGAAAUUGUUACUGUUGAUCUGUAGUUAUAGUGUAUUUGUCACAAUAAUGUAUGAUGUGUGGACGUAUGGGUAAUGUUCUUAAGGCCACCUCUCGGCAAAGAUACAUGAUUGUGGCUUUUAUGUGUUCAUGUACGUAUUUGUAUUUGUUAUGUGUAUUUGAGGUGAUCAUCCUGAAAGGAAAUGUGAGCUUGUUUUAAUACUUCAAAAGAUGUUUACUUCAUUAUGAUGUGUAUUAAAGGGGAUAUACAUGUAAAAUGACUGUGAGUAACACAGAAAGUGGUCAUAAUGUUGAGGGUUUUUCAAGGGAACGAUUUUUAAUACUUGUUUCGAUUGUCUCAGAAUCAGAAAUUUGAAAUGGUAUUGCAGUUCAUGAUGUUCUGCCCUCCCUUCUUUCAUGGGGCUUUACUGACGGAAAGUGGCUGAUGUAUACACAAUGAAAUGUUCUUGAGUAUGGAAUUCAAUACCAAUCACAUAAAGUAAAUUGCAUUAGGAAAUCUACCAAGCUGCAAAAUGUAUUUCUGUGAUAAAAUUCAAAAUGUAGGUGUCAGGGUUCACGUUCACACCACAGCAUGCGUAUCUAAAAAGGUUAUUCAAGUCUAGUACUAGAGUUAAGCAAAGUCAGAAUGAAGAAGGUCAAAUGCAUUUCAUUUUCCCCACUUAAUCAAAACAAGAGCUGGAAAUUGUUUCAAGCAUGUUUGAUGUUAACUGGAACUUUGAGUGGGGCUUGUUUAUGAAAUCAAAACCAAUUCAUAUCCUUAUUAAUCAAAAAGAGAUAAGCAUUUCUCACUUGUUUUGGUUGUUUGGUUUCUCAGCAAACAACUCUGCUGCCCUCCAUCUAUUUUUAAAAAACAUAUCACAUGUUUGACUGUAUAUUAUUGUGUGUUAUGUGUUUCACUUGGUACUUAAUUGAUCAUAUCUUUUCAUAUGCCAUAUUUCAUUACUGACAUAUCAUACUGUACAUAUAUAUUUAAUAGCAUGAAAAAUGUGUUGAUAUUUCAUAGGUAAGUUACCUCUAAGAGAAAUUGUAAACAUGAAAUAUAUUUACAUAUUACAUAUUUUUGGCUAAAUUUUGCUUCUUAUUACAAGUAUGUGGUGAAUGAUGGUUAGUUAUCCAUUACUAUAUCAAUGCACUUUGCUUGUUUGGUUGAGGAUCAUGUUUGUAAUCCAACAUUUUUGGCAUAAUAUUUGCAAUGCAUUCUGCUAAAAGUACACAUGUUUAGAUCUGAGGCUUUGCAACAUUUUUUUGCCCCUACAGUUAAAUAUUUCCUACACUAUCUUCAUGAAAAAUGUAUUGAACCUUGCAUCCCUGAUGUCUGCAACACUGCGUCAAGCGUGCUUACCAUGGUGUUGUAUCUCCUCACUCUAUGUUGUUACGAACGUCACAGCAGGUGCCUUGUGUAAUGGGCCUCUGGAGUUUGGCUGCCAAACUUCACAUAUACCCUGAGAGUGAUGAGGAACAGGUAAUCAUGUAGCGCAUGGGCCGUAGCAACACAAAGAUGAAGAAACCCAAUUCUCUUGUUGAAUGGCAAAAUCAUGUAGGAUCUUAGUAUUGUAAGUUGAACAUUAUGAACGUUAUGCGAUGUCAUUAUUUUUAAUAAUCAUUGAUGUUUGGCAAAAUUUACCUUUUAGUCAUACACAUUUUGGUACAAUGGUAGUUUGUUUUCUGGCUGCUAAUUAAGCAUUGUAAUCAAAGAUAAGCAAUAUCAAGGUAUUCCAGAAUUCAAGAACCCAUAAUGAUUUAUUAUUGUUCUGCAUUCAUUGUCCAACGUUAAAAUUUAAUCAUUCAAGUGCACAAAGACUCUAGGCAUAUAUAAGCCAAUUGUAACUACAGUGUGUAAAUCUACAUAAAGUAGACCAUUCCAGAGAAUUUACCCAGGGCAUGUUGAAUUGAUUAGGACCAGUUGUAUUAUUUUUGAGGAUAAAACUUUGUAUUACAUCAAAUCACUUGAACUAUUACAUACCUUGCCCCAUUGUCUGUUGAGUCUUUCUGUCAUUUUCUUUUCGAGAUUAACCCAGAGUGAUAUAAGAUUAUCAGAAUAAUUAAUCUAAAGGAUUUAUUUAAUGGGUAAUGUUUUUGGGGAGGGGGCAUUUAGUACAUUCCUUACAUUGUAGGAGAGAAUUCCCAGGGUUGUGUGCAUGUGCUUUUCUAGUUACUACUUGGUUGUGAAAAAAAAAAUGGCUCUAAACAAAUACACAUAGUGUAAAUCUUCAACCUUUUCAACCACUAAAGCACUUGUUAGUACAUACAGUUAUUAUGAAGAUGAUGCUAAAAAUGAUUUGUUUAAAAUAAUUUAUUUCUCUGCACCCCAUAAUUCUGUCAAAAUGUUUGAAAAGAGGCAGUGGAAAAGGUUGAAGAAUUAGGGUACCAUAGAAUCUUUUUACUGUUAGGCUUUGUUCGGCCUGCUGGGUGGCAUAGAACUACUGAUCUCCAUCCUUCUUCAAAACAUGAUUCUGAAACAAGGAUAUUGUUUUUAUCCUGAAGCACAUCACUGCAGUGUUCAUCAAAAGUGGUGGUGUUGAAACAAAACUAUAUUACGCUAUAAAGAAUGAUCCAUGAUUUAUGAUACAGUUCUUGCUAAACAUUUUGGUAAGCUUUGUUUCUGUGUGUUUUUCACUCAAAAAUCAUCAAAUCUAGGUUAGUAUCUUCAGCAGGAGUGAAUUUAUGAGGUAUAUUUUGUAAAUUUAUGGAAGUGUUCCUUUCUUUGUCAAGAACAUUAAUGAUAUUUGGAUUUUCUUUCUCAUGUCAUUAGAAUUUUCAGUGAGCAAAUAAGGAAAAAAAGCUUCUAUAGAACAAUCCUUUUAGUAGGCAAAAUUCUUUUAUUUCACAGAUGCCUUUUUAUGAAUAUAUUUUAAGAUUGGACUUAUGGUUUAUACAGAGGUAAUGCAUUCAGUUUACAUCAGAUGUAAAUAUCUUGCCUUAAGUCAUAUCUGCCAUUGUGGUAAUUAUGCAAAAAUAAAAAAUAUAGAAAAUUAAACAAAUAUUUCUUGAAAAUUAUCUUCUGAUGUGGGUUUGUUUUUAUGUAUUAUAUUUAAAACAUCAUCCACACAAUUCAAUUUGUUGUAAAAUUACCCUAAAUGACCUAAGAUUUGACCACAAAAGAACAUUUUAUGAAGGCAAAUAAAUGUCAUCAGAUACUUGCUCUGGUGCUAAAAUUUACAUUUUCCAAGUAGGAUAUUAACCCAUCUUCCAAACAAACCUCAAAACACUGUUUUAAAAUCAACAGAGCUUUUAGAAUCUGGUAAAAUAGCAACUUAGACAUAGACAAAAUUUUGGGUCAUUUAAGGUAUGUAAGUGUAAACUUAUUUAAAAAGGUAAAGUGUGUGAAGUAGUCGUAUGGACUUGGGGAUAGUCCUUGAAUUGAGUCAUUUAUCAUUUGCAUCCACAGGACAAAUGUCACCAUAUGAACAUGACCUAGGUGAAGUGCAGUUUGAAAAAAAGCGUAUGGUCUGAAAAUCUAACAUGCAGUCUAACAUUUCGUUCAAGACUGCACUGAUAACAUUCUUUAAAGAAGAAAA